AAAACAGGGCUUGUGUUUUUCAUCUAUCUCAUAGUUUCUAUAUCUUUGUAAUAAAUAAAUAAACAUAAAUAAAUAAAUGAUAAAUUCCACCUGAAAUAAGAAAGAAAAAGAAAAGCAAAUUCAAGAUCCAUCAUCCCUCUUCAACCCCAUAAUCAACCCUCAUUAGGGCUAUUUUUGGUUGAAGGGGCAGAAACUAAUUUCUCAAUUUUCAAGUUCUGCUGUCUGUUGAUGAUAAGAAGACGUUGAUUGCUACUUAUCAUUAAAUAUGAGGCAACGGAACAUGAUGUACACUGGUCCAAUGAUCGAUACUGAAAUAGAAUAUGCCCCCCUUCAACCCGAACCUUGUUUAAUGCCUUAUGGGCCUGUGCCAUCUGGGUUCACAUUCAUUGCGACUCCUCAUGGGACCCAAGUGGUUCCAUUUGGGUCUCAUAAUCAGCUAGUGUUUCCUACCAACCAGGUCAUGGAAAGAGUCCAUGGUGCAUUUAAGGGAAAGAUGGCCGAAGGGUUCCAUAUGAACUUUCAGUAUUCCUACUCUGUACAUGGGUCAAGUCCUUUUGUGAUUCCUGAGUACAGAGGGCUCGAUACCAUCCCUAUGGUCAUUGGAGCUGGUCACCCCAGAGGUGCAAGGAACAGACCUGGUGGUGCUAUUGAUUUUAACUCUGGCUUACAAUACAUGCCAAUGAACCAACUUGGUCAACCCCUUCAGGUAUUGCCUGGCCCGUGGUUGGAACAGCAGUUUUGUGGCAAUGCACCUGGAAUACCUCUUAUGCAAGGAUAUACCAAUGGAAAUCCAUUUACUUAUAUGCAUCCACCACCAGCACCUAUGCCACCUAUGCCUGUGGUUCCUCUUCAAACUGGGGUUGAGCUCGUGCCUAGGUUUGUGCGUCCUUCACCACCAGUUGGUGUUAGGGUUCACCAGCCUCAUGGUCAAGAACUAAUGAUCGAGUCAACUUCAAGACACCGGAGUUUUCCCCAUUUGAGAGUUCUCCCUGAAGAUGGUGUUGCAAUGCUGGAAUUCGGUAAUUAUGGACAUAGAGUCGAUCAUCAUAGAGAUAUGCGAUUAGAUAUAGAUCACAUGUCUUAUGAGGAGCUUCUUGCAUUAGGUGAACAGAUUGGCAAUGCUGGCUCGGGUUUAUCUGAAAGCUUCAUUGCAUGUCAUCUUAAAACAAGAACAUUCACCUCUUCUUAUCCGGUAGAUACAUCACCUUCUCAUCAAGAACUCAACAUGUGCACAAUUUGUCAGAUGGACUACAAUGAUAAAGAAAACAUCGGUAAGUUGGAUUGCAGCCAUGAGUACCACGCAGACUGCAUACAGAAGUGGCUGGUUGAAAAAAACACUUGCCCGGUUUGCAAAUGCACUGGACUUGGUACACAAGGAAAGGAGUAGUCGGGAAAACCUUGAAGAACCUUAGGCAUGUUCACAUAAACUGCAAAUUAUGGUAAAUAUCGAAGUUUAGGUUGGUGCCUGUUUAUAUGUUCAUAAACUACACUAGGUAUUUAGGCUUCUCUUAUUCUUUUGUUGUUCUAUGAGAUGCGAAUGUCAACUACUGUAUCAAACUGUUGAUUUUAUUCGCAUUAACAUCUCAUGUGCUCUUGAAACAUUUUUGUACAUACCUUUUCCAUGUUGUAUCGGUGUAUGAACUCCGGAUUUUGGAAUGUUAAUACUGGGUUCAACAUUCAUUAAUUCUUUUGCAAUAUAAUAUACACGUUGUAAGCUUAACGUUA